GAGUCACUGAUGGAGAACGUCUCCUCACACCAGACCUUCAUCCUAAACUGUUUCGAUGACUUCGGAGCGCUGAGGCCCCUCCUCUUCAUCCCAUACUCCUCCAUGUUUGUCCUCUCAUUCUAUGCCAACGUUCUGCUGAUCUACGUUAUAGUUUCACAGAAGAACCUCCACUCGCCGAUGUACAUCCUGAUCGCCUGCAUCGCUGUCGUAGACCUGGGCCUCCCACUGGUUGUUGUUCCCCACAUGUUGCUGAGUUUCCUGUUGGACUGGAGGGGAAUCUCUGUGAGCGGCUGCCUCGUGCAAAUGUUUUUUCUUCACUUUGUUGGAUCUUUCCAGUCCACGGUCCUGGUGUGGAUGUCUCUGGACCGAUACUUCGCCAUCUGUACGCCGCUCCACUACCAGGAACACAUGGCGAUGAAGAAAUUCCUGAAGUUUGUGAUCCCGUUUCUGGUCAGAAACUUCUUCCUGAUGACGCUCUUUGUGAUUCUGGCGGGAAAGUUGUGGUUCUGUGGUGGAAACAUGAUAAGCCACUGUUUCUGCGAACACAUGGCGGUGGUGGCGCUGGCCUGUGGAUCCACUGCCAUCAACAGCCUGGCUGGACUGUUGACGGUGUUCUUCAACCUUGUGGUUGAUUUCUUGGUUAUUGCUGCGUCUUAUGUGAUCAUCUUCAGUUCUGUGCUGAGGUCAGGGAGGUCAGGGGGUAAAGCUCUUCACACCUGUUUUACUCACAUUUCCGUCAUCGUGGUAAGCUUGACUAUUGUGCUCAUUGCGUUCCUGUCGUAUCGGAUCAGAAAUAACCUUCCAAUAGAUGUUCGGGUUUUCGUCAGCACCAUGUACCUGGUGUUUCCGAGCUGUUUCAACCCAAUCAUCUACGGCAUCAGAAUCACAGAGAUACGACAGAACAUCCUGAAGACACUGAACUGCUGCUGAUUUGACAAAACUAUGACUCAUUCUUACUGUAAAUUUAUGUGGAAAUGACAUUUAACAUAUUAACACAUAUUUAAGAAUGUCGAAUAUUUGGUGAAAUGUUUGU